CCUUGUUCGCAUGUCGCUACUUGUAGACAUUUUUGAUCAAGAAGUAUUAAAACCUCAGCCGUACCUCAUUUGACUUCGGUUUCAGUUCUUUUUUCUACUCCUACCUCCCUGCAAUUAUCAUAAGAAGCCACAAUAAGAUGGCCUCCCUUUCUUCAAGUGAUAGCAAAGCGGAAGUCGGCGACUCUGGCAAGUCAGUUCCGAUUUCGCGAUAUUUUGCCACGCCUUCAUCUGGAAUAACGUCCAAGAUACCAGACACAAUCGUAGAGCCUUCGAGCCUGCCACAACUGCCCUCCUUCAGUUUCUCCCCAGAACUUCCGGCUGAAGAAAGUAGUGGCUUACGGCCACAGUCACCGUUCCGCCUCGGCCAGACGAGCAACUCGACAGAACGACUUAGCACACCCCCAGUUGGACGACCAUUGUUGUCUCAGGGCCCUGGCGGUGUCCUGGGAGAAAAUGCGUUCACUUUCCGAUUCCUUUAUAAUGCAUCUCCAACCCCAUCACCUCGACCUUCUCCAACGCCCUCACCACAGACCUUACCAUCGCAGCCACCAGGGCAGUUGCAAACAGACUUCGGGUUUUCAAGUCUAACUCUGGACCAGAGUUCAGGUGUAGCAUCCUCCACACUCGGGUUCCCCAAACUGGAUCCCAGUGCAAAGCCCCCUAUCUUUGGCUCUGCAUCAAGCCUUUCGAAAACCCCAAUCCACCGAGGAUCACCCGUGUUCAAAGCCUCUGAACCAUCGGCUUCUGGCAAGACGACUCCUGACGUCGGGCUCUCUAGACCUGUAGCUACUCAGGAUCAUGGGUCGUCAUCUGCUUCAGAAGUCGUGUCUGGCAGCGGAGCGUCCAUAUUUGGAUCAUUAUGUAUACCAAAACCGGUGAAGUCUUUACUUGGUACUGGGUUCUCUAUUUCCGGAUCCUCGCAAGAAGUAUUUGGACCAAGUAUCUUGGCCCAACCUAGGUCCUCUGAAUCCGGAUCUUCGAAAUCGCUUCCAGCUAUCACAAAACUGUCUACUCAGAAUCCAAAAGAUCUCAAGCUAGCCGCGUUGUCUGACCAGAAAAAAGUACCUAAACCAUACAAUGUCUCCCAUGAGGAAGCUCCACCACAUCCUUUGUUCACUUUUUUAUUUCAGUCAGCAAUGACCAGAGGUCUGGCCAUCGCAAGGGACGUGGAAGCUUUGAUCCAGGGCUUCAGAUGUUCGAUAGGCCUGGAUGACGAUCUGCGAAGACUUCUGAGCGAUGCCGAGAAGCUUAACAAUUUCGCCUGCUCUGACACUCGAACGGUUGCGAUUCUCGGUGAUUCUGGUCAAGGCAAAAGUAGUCUUGUCAACUCUCUUCUUCAUUUCCCAGGUAUAGCUAAGACGGGGGACAUUGGUUCUGCUUGUACGUCUGUCGUUACAGAAUACAGACACAGACGGGAAUGUCAUUCGGCUCCUAUCACCAUCGAGGUUGAGUAUCUGAAACAGGAUGGAAUUGAAAACAUGGUAAAGGAACUUCUUUGGAGCUAUCGGCAGCUCUUCCUACCCGGAGUCGAGUCUGACGCCACAUCUGAAGCUGAUUAUGCUCGUUACACAAGAGAAUCGGAUCAGGCAUGGUCAGCACUUGAAGCAGCUUUCAGCCACCGGAGCGAGUUCAAGAAAGAGCUCUUGCAAGACAUGUCGGAAGGAUCUCUGGAGAAGAUUCAAGAACUACUGGUCGGGUGGGCUCGCGAGAUAAAGUGGCCAUCGACUGACGAUGCUGGAUUCUGGAAGUCGACGGCUACUUCGGCAGAUGAAUGCUGUGAAAAGACGAAUAUCUUUAUGCAGGAUCGAUACUGGCCAUUCACUAAGAUUAUUCGCAUUUACGUCAGCGCCAAGGUCCUUAAAACUGGCCUGGUCCUCGCAGAUCUUCCCGGUAAGGGACUUUCGAGAAAUUUGUACAAGAACGCAAUUAAAAAGUUUCUAGGAUUGCAAGACACAAAUUUGGCACGCGUCCGAGCAACACAGGAGUAUUUGCUGAAGUGUAACAGCAUUCUGCUCGUCACGAAUAUCUCUCGUGCCAUCACCGACCAAUCCUUGAAAUCAUCCCUUUACAAGGUCCUAUCUCGACAUAUUCCUGUCGCAUGGGAGGAAUCGGGUGGUAAGGGAUUGAAUUUAGCUGUUGUGUGUACAAAAUCCGAGGACAUCAACCUCAAGGCUGCGAAGGCAGAAUUCUGUGGCCCAUCCAAGCCGAUCACAAAGGACACGAUAGAGCAACUGGACAAGGAAUUGGAAGAUGCUAAAAAUGCGGGUCAUGGUGCACGUAAGAAAGAGGUUAAGUGGAAACAGCAAAUGCUGCUCAUGCAGGCGAGAAAUAGGCAUGUGGAGAUUGGUCUCCAAAAGGCCUACGCAUCUAAGGUACCGGGAGGGGAGCUUGAUGUUUUCUGUGUUUCAAACACGAUGUAUGAGAAGUAUGCAGAGAAUGGCAACGGAGAGCUCGUUCGAGCUAGCCGUAUACCUGAGCUUCGUCAAUUCUGCUACAGCAUCACGGCAGAGGCGCAUUUCCGGGAAGCAUCGCAUUUCCUUCGAUCCGAACUUUUGAACUUGCUCAACUCUUUACAAAUUUGGGCUAGUACAGGUGGUAUCAACCUGUGUCAGCCGCAGACAGAUGGUCUUGAUGAUUCCCUGUACCCCAUACUUGACGAUGUCGGAGUGGAGCUUUCUAAUGCCAGUUCGGACCUUGGCAAUGAUUUUAACUCCUGUUUCAAAGAGCAGGUACUCCAAUUCUUGGAGAAACGGCACGUAGAAUGGGAGAAAGCAGCUUCUAGUGAGGGAGACCGGUGGGCCAAGUGGCAUUGGACUCAGUAUUACGGUUUCUGUCUGAAUAAUGGCCAUCACGAAACAUCGAAACGACCUAGGGAAGACUGGAAUGCCAAAAUACUAUGGAAAAUGCGUAUGGAGCUUGAAUACCAGUGGGACCUUGUUGAAGACGAGAUACCUGUGGUGUUUGACACGCUUCUGAAUACGGUGAAGACUGAGCUGAAUUAUGUGAAAGAUCAACUCAAAAACUCUUCUUCAUCUAAGAUCUGCGACACAUUAUUAGAAGGCGUCGACGCUCGAAUUCGUUCGGUCGAGUAUAGCCUCGAGCUCUUGAAAGGGAACUUCGCAACCGGGAUAAGACUCGUGCGGAGCAAUGCGUCCGAAUCGAACUCCAACUCGUUCGUUCUGAGCGAAAUGAUACCAGCCUACAGGUCGGCUUCGAGUCAGCGUGGUAAGAGUCACAAUAAGAUGUCAAUACUUGACCGCAAUGUUCCAAGACUGACGGGUAACAUUCGAGUAGGUAACGGCAGAGAUCAUCUGCAGAAGGAGAUAGUCCAAGGUCGAAUCAAAAACGGCACGCUCUUCCCAAACAUUUCCGUCGCAAUUUCGGACGCGAUAAAGCGCGUCGUCCAGGAAACAGAAAAGAGUGUAAAGGCGAUGCUAUCCCAACAGGUUGGCUCCAUCAAGGACGAUCUAUGUCUCGCUAUAACAUCAGAGCGACACAGUGGCGAUGCGGCUAGAAGGAGGGAGGUUGAAAGUUUUGCUAAGGAGCUAACGAGACUUAAGGAACAUCAUUUCGCAAUGCUGGAAUCUAUCACUUCCCUGAGCUAGGCGUGGCGGUCGGCGGUGGUAGAAGACGUCGUAGCACUUAAGAGUUCAGCGAGCAAGCUAUCAUUCCCUCUGGUGGCCAUAGAAAUGCUAAACACAGUUACUUCGCCUCAUAGAUCUUGUACCAGGCUCUAGUCAGCUAGCCAAUAGUGUUCAAUAAGCACACGGCUAAAUGAACCAGUCGGACCCAAUUCCAGUUGAUCGGGCUCUAUUGAUGGAAGCUAGGUCCCGGCAGCCCUUUACUGAAUUUUAGUGGGCGUUUCAGUAUUCAAUGCCCAGAUGUUCUCCUAUAAAGCUUGAAAGGAGAGCUUUAAUCUACUACUACUUAUUGGAUAUACUGGUCAUACUUAGCCUGCAUGAACUGCGGCAACAUACACGUUGUUAACGAUUGAUAUGGGUGGUACCUGGAUUGAAACAAACA